UCUAGUCUCUUUUGGAGUGCACCGAGUACGCGGUUGCCGCCUCGCCGUGGGAACCCAGAAGAAGGAGCAUCGGGCAGCCGUGUACGUUACAAAGCCUCAGCUGCGAAUCCCCGUUUCUAAAACCAUAAAUUGCAGCAGUCAGAAUCUGUCACUAAAAACAAACAUUCACUAUUUGAAAGCUGGAAAAACAUUGUGGGGGAAGAAAUUAAAAACGGAAAAGCUUUGGAGACGGGAAAACAUGGCGGUGGAGACGGAGCCUGUGACGGUGCCGGAGUUGGCCCUUUCUGAUACUGACAUCAACUGGGACAGGUUGGACAAGACAAAGUUUCACAUUAUCGGGGCUAUUCUCUUCACAGCGCAGUCGGCCUUGCUACAUCCAACAGCAGUUUUAAAGACUAGAAUGCAAGUAGCUGGUUCUGGACUCUCUCACAUGAGUGGAAUAUCAGUAUUUAGACAUAUAUUAAGAUGUGAUGGCAUCCCCGGCAUAUUUAGAGGUUUUGGCACAUCUGCCAUUGGAUCGUUGCCCGGUAGGGUCUUGGCUUUGACAUCACUUGAAGUAUCAAAGGAUAUGAUGUUGAAAUACACUGAUGGUCUAGACAUGCCUGAGGCUACACGUGUUGGCAUUGCUAAUGGAGUGGCGGGAAUGUUCUCAAAUUUAGUUUCUUGUGGGUACUAUGUGCCUUUGGAUGUGAUUUGCCAAAGACUAAUGGUGCAAGGACUUCCCGGGACUACAUCCUGCAACAAACCAUUUGAUGUUAUACAGAAUGUGACAAAGGCUGAAGGUCUUCGUGGAUUGUACAGAGGCUUCGGACUAACAGCUCUGACCCAGUCACCAGCAAAUGCACUUUGGUGGGGUGCCUAUGGUUCUGCACACCACAUGAUCUGGAGGAGUUUGGGCUAUAGAGACGAUGCAGAGAAGAAACCGUCUCAUAUGGAGAUGGUGACAGUUCAGGCUUCAGCCGGCAUGAUGGCUGGUGCUUGUACCUCUAUUAUCACUACUCCUAUUGACACAGUCAAGACACGACUUCAGGUCAUGGAUAAUUAUGGUGCUGGAAGACCGUCAGUACUGAAAACGGCGAAGACACUCCUUAAAGAGGAUGGAUGGCGGGGAUUUUAUAGAGGUUUUGGUCCAAGGUUCUUAAAUAUGUCACUCUAUGGAACUACAAUGAUCGUUACUUACGAAUUGAUAAAGAGAUUAUCUGUAAGGGAAGGAUGAAAUCGUCAGCUGGAAGAGGUACAACUUUGCCGCAACACUUGUUCCUGGAGCGAGAUGAGAUCGAUCCGGGUAUUCGAAAUUUUAUUUUUCUCAACAGACAGUCAGACAGACAUAGCCUAUCUACGUAAGGAUGCAUUUCUUGAACGGGCUCCGUUUCUUGCCGUUUCCUUCCUUGUUAUUUGAAUAGGAAGGCUGGGUUUCCAUUCACCCUCUAGUUUUGUAAAUGUGCAUGUCGAUUUAAAUUUCAUAGCUUGUUCAUCAACUUUUCGAGCUAUUUCUAACUAACUCGUAUUUUAUGUUGGAUUUUAUGUUCCGUCAUUUCAGUUUAGAGUUUUUCGGGUUUUA